AUGGAGGCCAUGCCGGCCGACGAAGCUGCUCCGGACACUGGCCCCGACGAGCCGCCUGUAACAGCGAAACCAACAGCGCCGUCCCAGCCGGAGAAAGCUUCGGAUGCUCCCCGCUCUGGGCUAGAUUUUCUUAGAGCUACGGCUGCUCCCGUCACACCUGAACCGCCUAGGUCUACCGUUCACGACUCUGCCCCUGUAGUAACCCCUACUCCUACUGCUUCUCCUAUUCCCGUCCCGUUCACUCUCCCCCCGGCUGUUGCUGGCUGCAGCAAAGAUCCUCCACCGCCCUCGCCCAGUCCUACUCCAAGCACGGUGCGGGUGUCCCUUGGCCCGCCGUCGGCUACUUCCGCUCCCAAGCGUGCGCGAUCUGGUAAGUGGGCGCAGAGUACUCUGCUGGUGGGAGGCCGCCAUAUUCCACCGCCGGAAAAGCCCGAUGAGCCUGCACAGAAAGAAGCUGAGCUGCCGGAAGAAGGUGACAUCCCGGUGCGCGCGGAUACCGGCUCGCCGGCACUCACCAAGACGCAGCUGCGAGAGCAGAUGUACCUGGAGGCGAGUAUUAAUUACGAGACGAAGUGGGCGGGAUACUUUUCUUGGCUUGUGUUUGGGAAAACCAAGGACGGUUUCCCGUACGUGAAGUGCAGCAUCUGCAUGUCGUACGGUAAGGGGAACACGAGGUACGCCAUGCAGGGAGACGACGGAGGCCGUGACUUGCAGACGCAGUCGUUCCGGGCGCACGAGCAUACGGACGCACACAUGGCGGCGGUGGACCGCCAGAUGAAGAUUGCGGCGGGAAUCCGCGAGGGGCAGCAGGUGAUUUCGGACUUCAUCAACUCCGACGUCGAGGGCCGCCGCGCGAUACGGCUGAUGCGGUCGACUCAGUUCCUGUGCCAGUGCGACGCGCCGAUUAGCAUGUUUCCUAAGCUGAUGCGGCAUCUUGCGGAGCAGGACACGCCAGACAUUCCCCGGCAGUCGUACGGCGUUUAUCUCACGCGUGAGGCGUUGGCUGUGAAGGACGCCGCUGAUUCAAACCCGGAUCUCGGCAUGGUCGACAAGGUGCUGGACGUGACUGAGAUUGCGAAGACGAUCGAGUCCACAACGAGUGACCUGACGGAGCGCUACUUGACGCCAGAGAAAGCUUUCGGGGGCGAAGGGAAGAGCUGGCUGGUGAACUUCCUCAAAGUCCACAAGGAGGGUGGAGGCAAGCAGGUCCGGGUGCGCGGCGUGGACGGUGCUGGACGCCCGAUCAACCACCUGUACACCAUGCAUGAGCGGAAGCUGAAGGGGCACAAACACGGAAGCACCUACGCAGACUGCGUGAAGAUGUGCCGCAAAUUCGCCCGUGACUGCGUGGACAACCUCAACAACCGACUGGAUGACCUUGGGAAGCUGGGGCCGACGAAGCUGUUCCGGGCGGGGAAGUGGCCGAAGAUCAAGGCCCAGCGAGAGAAGAAGUGUAAGGAGUGGCUGAACGGAUGCAGCAGGCUGUUCCGCAACAAGCUGCCGGGAUUCGACCUCAAAGCAUCAGAGAGGGAGCUUCCAACCUUCUGCGCGAUCAUGGAGGCACACCAUGAGAUGGAGAGCUUCACCCAGGGCCUGUCCAACUUCCUUGGGAGCGCAGACUCCAAGAGCUUGAAGCUGGCUGUGGCAGAGAGGGAGAGGAGGGGGAAGCAGAAGGAGGGUGAAGAUGUGGCUGCUGGAAAUGCCGGGGAGAAUGAGGAUGAGGAGGAGGAGGAGGAGGAGGAGGACGAUGAAGUGGAACAGGCCUUCGGCGACGAUCAGGAGAUCGUGGGGGAGGAGGAAGCGGAGGACAAUCCAUUCCUGUCGGACGAUGAGGAUGUGGAGGAGGUGUACUUCAUAGACAAGCCCGUGCACUAG